UGCGGGAGGCCACGCCCAGUUUUUCCGUCCGGUCUCUCGGCACCGCAUCCGCUAGCGCCACGAGGGCAACAUGGCAGGCGGCGAGUUGCGGGCAGCGCUGGAGCAGCUCCUCGAAGCCCUGGCCAUCCGCACGGAGGUCGUGGAGCACCCGGAGGUGUUUACAGUUGAAGAAAUGAUGCCUCAUAUCCAACAUUUGAAAGGAGCACAUAGUAAGAACUUAUUUCUUAAAGACAAAAAGAAAAAAGGCUAUUGGCUGGUGACAGUUCUUCAUGAUAGACAAAUUAAUUUAAAUGAUCUUGCCAAGCAGUUAGGUGUUGGAAGUGGAAAUCUGCGGUUUGCUGAUGAAACAGCCAUGCUAGAAAAACUGAAAGUUGGCCAAGGCUGUGCCACACCGUUGGCACUCUUCUGUGAUGAUGGAGAUGUGAAAUUUGUUCUGGAUUCUGCUUUUUUGGAAGGUGGACAUGAAAAGGUGUACUUUCAUCCAAUGACCAAUACUGCAACCAUGGGAUUGAGCCCUGAAGACUUUCUCACAUUUGUGAAGAAGACAGGACACGAUCCCAUAAGACUAAAUUUUGAUAAAAACUAAUUGGGUUAAUGUUUAGAAUACAUUUAUUUCUGAAAGCUGUUUUUCUUACUUGUAAUUAUAAAAAGCAUUAAAAGUGGUAAGAUAUAUAUGGCACCUUGGUUUGGUGACUACCUAAACUACUUAAGGAGCUAUUUAACUAUUUCAUCUUAAAGGAGCUGUUUUUAAAAAGAUAUAUUGAGGUAGUUUUAGUCAGCUCAGAGAUUCCACCCUCCCCUUCCCCCAUGACAAUUACUUGUUACAGGAAUGCCUUCAACAAUUAAGGAUGAAUUAACGUAGGGAGUUCCCUGGUGGCCUAGUGGUUGGGAUUCUAGGCUUUCACUGCCAUGGCCCGGGUUCAAUCCCUGGUCAGGGGAACUGAGAUCCUGCAAGCUGUGUGGCAGCCUAAAUUAAUUAAUUAAUUAAUUAAUUAACAUCAAAACUAAGAUUAGUUAACUAUCUAAAAUUAACUAUAUUACAUCUUCUGUAAGGUGUUUAUUAUACUUGAAAAAAGCAAGCUGCAAAAACAGCAUAUAUAAAAUACAUAUGACAGUGUACAUACAGGGGAAAAAGAGGAAUAUGGGAAUAUAUUCAACUGUUAAUAGUGGUUAUCUUUGGGGAAUGAGGAUUAAGGAAUAAGAAUUCCCCAGCAAUAUAAUUAAACAUGGGGGCAAGGGCAAAACCUUCCUAUUACUGGGUGUUCGUUUUUAAACCAAUGCUUUCUUUUUCAGUGAAAAGCUAAUUUUUAAAUAAAAUUCUAUCUUUAGAAAAUUUUAAUCUAGAAAAACACUCAAAGUAGGGAUGGAAAAUGUUAUGUCAUAAUCAUUAUACUAAUGAAAUUGUAUUUUAAAACUCAGGAGCAGAAUAUACAUAGGCCAUUAAGAAGGAUUUGCUUAGUCUUCGGAGGUUACAAAAUGUGAACAUGCUUGAACAAGGUUCCUCUGUCCUCUAGGCUAUAUUAAAUUUUACUCAUCCCCUUUCAACUGUGGCAUCUAAAGCAGUAUAAGAACCCAGGAUUAUGUAUUGUCAGUUGUCAUAUAGAAGCUAGUUCAAAAACAGAGGAAAAUUGAUGUACUUUUCCACCUCACUUAGAUUCAAACAAAACCCCAGUUGAGGGUAUGACUAGACUAGGCUACAAAAUAGCCUAGAGGUCUUAGGAAAAUUCUCGUUUCCUCUAGAGUACAAUCAAGUGGGAUAUUUGAGAGAUAAUCAUAUUUUCCUAAGGUUGAACACUCAAAAAAAUAAUUUGCUUCUGGUAGAGAAAUUGUACUUAAUUUGUACCAAUUUGCAUUACUGAAAGGCAAAAGUGAAAACUUGUCAUUUUUGGAUAUAUUUGGUUAGAAACUACAAGUCUACGCAAGGCAGAAUUUUUAUAAAAUACAGAAUGGAUUUAAGAGAUGAGUUAGAAAUAUUUUCCAUAAAUGAUAACCUUAUUUCUGAGGUGCUAUGUUAGUUUUUGCCUACUCUGUACCAUAUCUCUAAGAAAGAGGAAAUUUUAGGUUUCUUUACAUAUAAAAUUAAGGUUUAACGAAUAGAAUCAAAGACACCGAGGACCUUAGAUAACUGGUCUAACUGUCCUCCCCACCUUAUGGUGAAAACAGGCCCAGAAAGACUGACCUGCCCAAGGACACAAGGCAGGUUGCCAUCUCUAACAUUAUGCCUCCCAAAGUCUAGAUGUGAAAAUGAAAGAGACUGAUUUGUACAAUCUAUUAUUGUAUUUAAACCUAUUUUGAGGUUGACAAAACUGAUAGACUCUCAGUUCUCUCCCAAAACCUCCAAUACUCAUCCCAAAGUGAUUAGGACAGAAUCAUCUAAACAAGGUUAUAUGUUAUGAAGCACAUAAAAUAGGUUUUCUAGGGCAAAGGGAAAGGAAAGAAUAAUACUUGGCUAAAUUAUAAGUUAUGAUUGCUGACCACCUGUUA